UGCGGGGUAGCUGUGACGGCACCAACCCGGAAGUGGUCUGUCUCCCGGCGAGAGGGGUGGCGGUGACAGCAACCGUGGCGGGUCCGGGCGGGAACCCCUCAGGUGGCGGGCCUGUGUCCUGGCCCUGGAGCAGAAUGCGGGGCGACUCCAUGGCAGCCGAAGUGGAAGUAAAAGUGACGGGGCAGAACCAGGAGCAGUUCCUGCUGCUGGCAAAGUCUGCCCGGGGAGCAGCCUUGGCCAGCCUCAUCCACCAAGUGCUGGAGGCCCCUGGCAUCUAUGUUUUUGGAGAGCUGCUUGACAUGCCCAACGUCCGAGAGCUAGCAGACAGUGAGUUCUCCCCCGUCUUCCGCCUCCUCACAGUCUUUGCAUAUGGGACGUAUUCAGAUUACCUGGCUGAAUCUGGGAAUCUGCCUCCCUUAACAGAGGCUCAGAAGAACAAAUUGCGCCAUCUCUCUGUCGUCACACUGGCUUCAAAGCUCAAGUGCAUUCCUUAUGCGGUGCUGCUGGAGCAGCUUCAGCUGAAGAAUGUGCGUCAGCUCGAGGACUUAGUGAUUGAGGCAGUAUAUGCGGAUGUCCUGCGGGGAAGCCUGGACCAGCGCAACCAGCGGUUGGAGGUGGAUUACAGCAUUGGUCGGGACAUCCGCAGGGAGGAGCUCAGUGCCAUCACUCGCACCCUUCAGGAAUGGUGCCAGGGCUGUGAGGUUGUCCUUUCAAGCAUCGAAGAACAAGUUAGCCGAGCCAAUCUGCACAAAGAGCAGCAGUUGGGUUUGAAACAGCAGAUAGAAAGUGAGGUAGCAAAUCUGAAGAAGACAAUAAAGGUGACAACGGCAGCAGCCGCAGCAGCAACGUCCCAGGAUCCGGAGCAGCAUCUAUCGGAACUCCGGGAGCCGACUCCAGGCACCAACCAGCGGCAGGCCAGCAAAAAGGCUUCCAAGGGCAAAGGACUCCGAGGAAGUGCAAAGAUUUGGUCAAAAUCAAACUAACCGGACUGCUGGCUGAGAAGGAUGAAUUGGUGUCCCACGUGUGGUGCUUAAUUUUCUCCAUCCUGGAUGACUUUCUGCAUACUUCUCUCCA